AGGGGUCCUCCUUAUCCCAGAGGCCACUUCUGAAGCUGGGGCCCCCAGAGGUGGAGGUAGCAGCCAGGAUGUCCACUCAGAGCAUCUACUACCUAAAGCCCGUGACUCUGCACCUGCCCCCUGGGAUCCCCGAGUCCCCGAGUCGCCAGCGGCGCCACACACUCCCCGCCAGUGAGUUUCGCUGCCUCACCCCAGAGGAUGCUGCCGGGGUGUUUGAGAUUGAGCGUGAAGCCUUCAUCUCUGUCUCGGGCAUCUGCCCCCUGAAUCUGGACGAGGUCCGGCACUUCCUGACCCUGUGUCCUGAGCUGUCCCUGGGCUGGUUCGUGGAGGGCCGCCUUGUGGCCUUCAUCAUUGGCUCCCUGUGGGACAAGGAGAGACUCACUCAGGAGUCGCUGACGCUGCACAGGCCCGGGGGCCACACAGCCCACCUGCAUGUGCUGGCCGUGCACCGCACCUUCCGGCAGCAGGGCAAGGGCUCCAUCCUGCUCUGGCGCUACCUGCACCACCUGGGCGGCCAGCCGGCCGUGCGCCGGGCCGUGCUCAUGUGCGAGGACCCGCUGGUGCCCUUCUACGAGAGGUUCGGUUUCCACCCUGUGGGCCCGUGCGAUGUCACCGUGGGCUCACUGGCCUUCACGGAGCUCCAGUGUUCCCUGUGGGGCCACACCUCCCUGCGCAGGAACAGUGACUGCUGACCUGGCCACCAUCUGGGGUGCCUACGGCCAGGUGCCAGAGAUGUGGGGAGGCAAGCUGGGGGCUCCUACCCUGUCCUGGUGUCCUCUUCUCCACCCUGGCCUUCCCCCAGCUCAGGAGACAGUGACUCCCAGGUGGCCACAGAGAGGGGAGGGGUGAAAUAAAGAGAAAGUGGGGUGGCUGCUCUCAGCCCUGGCUGCCCCGCUGGGGCACCAGCUGUGUGUCCUCCAGUCUGUCUGCACGAGGCCCUCUGUAGUCCCUGCAUUCCAAACUGUGCCCUAACAUGGCUGGGUCGGUUAAGUAGGGACAGUGGGAGGCAUCCUGCAGCUCUGCCUCGGCAUCCUCACUAAGCAAGCCUGGUGCUCAGGGGCCCUUAACCCCUCCAGACCCGGGUCUGCACCUUCCCAUCCUCAUCCCUGGAGUGCAGGGUACCUGGGAGCAGGAAGGGGCAGGGACCACCUCCCAGCUCACCACACUGGCCC